GUCACCAGUCGGUAGGCGGAAAAGCGGUGUGUGUCUGUAUCUGGAGAUAAAGCCAAACCGGGUGUAUUUUUUUUUAAGGAGAAUCAUACAGGGACCAUAUAAAGGUUUAGUUCAGUGCCUGCUGAAAUGGCGGUUCCCGCGGGUCAGACAGAUCUACAGAUGGACAGAGGAGGCCUGAGCGCUCAGACUGUUUCCUCUGAAAGCAACAUUGACAUCGACGAGAAAGAGUUGGAAAAUAUCACAAAGAAACACCGAGAAGACGAUACGACAACGCUGCCUUUGCACUCACCUUGGACUUUUUGGCUGGACAGGUCAUUACCGGGCACGACGGCUGCAGAAUGUGAAUCCAAUCUGAAGAAGAUCUACACGGUGCAAACUGUCCAGAUGUUCUGGAGUGUAUACAACAACAUCCCUCCGGUCACAGCCCUGCCUUUGAGAUGUAGCUAUCACUUAAUGCGCGGAGAACGGAGGCCACUGUGGGAAGAAGAAAGCAAUGCAAAAGGAGGCGUAUGGAAGAUGAAAAUACCAAAAGAAAGCACUUCUGCAGUUUGGAAAGAAUUGUUACUUGCUACUAUUGGGGAGCAGUUUGCAGAUUACUGUGCCUCAGAGGAUGAGGUUGUUGGUGUCAGUGUUAGCGUUCGAGAUCGGGAAGAUGUCGUACAAGUCUGGAAUAAAGAUGCGUCUCUUGCUAACGAAGCAAAUAUCUUGGGAAGAGUCUACGAGCUCCUCCCCUACAUAUCUUUUAAAGCUGUUUUUUAUAAGUCUCACAUGGAUCAUCAUGCCUUUGAGGGAGGACGCUCAAGACAUUAGAUUGUAAUGCACUUUUUUUCUUUUUAACCUGAACUCUGUACCUGCCUUGAUGUAAAGGCUUUGUCCACAACCUAAUCAAGGAUAUUAUUUUGCAUUCAGCGAGGAAAUGUUAUCAAUAUAUUUUUAUAACUUUUAAUGACUGAUGCCUUGUUUCAUUUUGAUGUGGGUCCUAACCUCUGAACUCUUCAGAAAAUGUGUAUAUCCAGCGUAAAUCUCAUCCCGAGUUCGUUAGCUCAUGUUGGUUUGGACUUCCUCCUAUACUGAACUGCACUGUCAAGGUCCUGUUCUCUGCGCUGGCUAUGGACCUCACAAUUUAUUCCUGGUAUAGAGGUAGCAGCUACGUAAUCUAGUAUGUUUUAACUGUUGGAUAUGUUAGAUAUCUCAGUUCAUACUAUGUUUAAAUUAAGUCAGCUUACUCAGUGCCAAAGCACUUUUCUGCCGUUGUUUUUAAAGUUAAACUUAUGAUGGAAGCGUCUCUAUUCAGCUGGCGUUUUCCACUUCUGAGGAUGGAGUGAAUGUCCCGUUCAGUUUCAUGAAUCUACUCCACAUCAAACCAAUCACAGUGUCCCCUCAGUUAUGAAGCCAUCACAGGGAAUCAGAACAUGUUCCAGGACAGAUAUGGCCCUAAGACACUUUAAAUCUGGUUUCUAAGAUGUUUUUUUAUUUUUUAAAGGGCAAAAUCCAUCCUGAAAGGUGCCUCUUUGAAUGUUCCCAGCCACACCACAUUUGACAUUUCUUUUAAUACGCGUGUUGAAAGCAGACCCUCUGCUCUCCAAAAUGGAUUGUUGGUGUAUUAUGCUGAAGAGAUACUGCGCAUUUUUAUGCUCAAAAAGUGGUGCUCCUUAGUACUUGUCUGUACUUGUUUCUUCUACCAGUAAAUCAAGUGUGCUUGUUGGACUGUGUCCCUACAACCAUAACACUCUGCAGCAUUAUUAUUAUGUGUUUAAAGCAAGUAACACUGGGGUUGUUGUUCUGUUCCCUUAUUUAGUAUAAUCUAUAGAUGCAAUAUGUCAAAUUUUAAUCGUUAAGAUAAGAUUAAAAGUCAAAUAAGACAGAUGUGGCAAGUUUCAGUAGUUGCUGAGUCAGUGUCGACUGCUUCUUCAAAGAAAAGUACAUUAUAUAAAAGUACCACAGGUUUCACUGACUUCACGCCUUUGAUCAUGUCCUCACUGAUAAGUACCAUCAAUUUUUAAUAGAGAAACUAGAAACACAUAUUUUUCGAUCAGGUCCCGUCACAAACCUGACUUCAUCACCCAGUCUGAGUUACCUUCACUAACACCGUUAACACUUUAAUUACACAAUUUCUAUUACUAUGGUUUUAUUGCAGUGUAGGCUACAGUAAACUGAAUGCUUCUGGUAUUAUUGUAUGUCACACCACUUUUAUAGUUCAACUUUGGACUGGCUGAUAGGUUAGUGUAAGGGGACAAUAUUUCCUUUGUAAACAUGUUUUUUUUUUUGCGGUGACAUGGACAACGUAAAUAAAAUGGAAAGUAAAAGAAAAUUCUUAUCAUCUGUGUUUCUUGUUGCACAGUGCAAUCUUCAGCAUCAACAGCAAAUGUCUGUUAAAGGAUUGCUGCCAUUCUUGCAUGUAAGGUGUGUGUCAAUACUUCAGCGUUUCAUCAUCUUCCACUCACGCUGAGCCCUUUUGCGCUGAUUCACCUCAGUUGCACAUUAUACCCUUUGUGCUGUGUCAGUGUGAUCGAUGUAUAAGGCAAGACAGGAAAUACCUUGCAGAGGAAAAUUGUAAAGGUCAGGAAAACAGUGUGUUUGACAAGUGUGACAUAUUUUGGGGUGUUUGAGACCCCUUCCCUAAAAUUCACGGUUUUGUUUUACUUUUUGAUUUAUCUCAUUUUGUGAAUAGGUCUUUUUCACGGCAGACGUUUUGACCUGUAGGAGGGAGAGCUUGGUUGUUACUAAUAACAUUAACAGUGGCUCCAUUCUAAGUUUCCCACUAAGAUGAAGCAAAAUUCAAUUCAACCAUUUUUGCUUUUAAAUAAAAUUAUCAUGGUUAAUGUGUUAGCAAACAGUUGCCAUCCAGCAGACAUGACACAACAUUGCCAUUGAUUUAGAGUAGGGUCUCUGGUCGCCAGAUAAAUGUAAGUCCAAUAUUCACUGUCCUUUUAGCCCUGUUUUUGUCUCUAUAUUGAAAUGUAGCUUUGUUUGCUGGUGCUGGGUGGUUUGUGUAUAGAGAAGUUUUUGCUGAAAACAACUUUCAUCUGGAACUAAAUUUGAUCAACGCAGUAAAAGUCAACUCAGUCAGUAAAGUUGCAGGCACAAAACCAAAACAAUUUGCUGAAGGGUGCUAAAAGGCUCUGUCGAUAGAUAUAGGAUCUUUGUGGAUUGUCACCAGCAGUGCUUUUCAUAUUACAUAUUCUAGUAAUGUGAUUGUUCUAGCGUUAAAGACAAAAUCCAGAUAUUGCUGGGGGAGUUUGGGGUUACCUCUUAUGAAUAUUUGGCAAAGUGGUUUUAGUCAGGUCACUAAUGAGUCAGAAAUCUCAGCAGUAGUUUUGCCUGUUUAAUGUUCCUAGUUGUACAUUCUCUACCCCCUUUAGUCGGUCUAGAAUAACAGCAUUCAAAUGUUUUCAAAGUAAAUCCGACAUAAACCAAACCAAACCAGACAUAAAUCCAAACCACAUAAAAAUUAGUUGUUUUAAUCUCUUGACAUGUCUGACAACCAAAUACACAAGAGUUGAUGUGAAUGUCUCCUGUGCAGAGGCUGAGGUUGAGCAAUUACAUGAACAGCUUGCUUAGGUUUUAGAGUGCCUCUGCGUCCCCUGGGGUUAUAAAAUGCAUUCAGAAGGCUUGUCAGUAAUUUAGGAAACCAGCGCAGAGUGCAUUUACCUCUGCUCUGUGCUGAUGAUGCCUACAUGGAGCUGCACAUUCACAGCCAACUGACAUCAGGAAAAAAAAAAAAUGCUGGUAUGGACCAGCACACUCACCGUCUUACAAACUCGACUGUAUCCAGAGUCAAACAUUAUAAAGAUUCACCAUCCAGUAGCUUGUGCAGUUCAGAAACAUUGCUCUAAUGAUCAGAGGAUAGAAGAAUAGCUGACUCUGCUAACAGCAGCUACAAAGAAAAGCUUCUUGAUCUUGAGGGAAAUGCUCCUGUUCUCGUAUGAUCGGUGCCUCGUUUCAAAAAGCAACAUAUCAUUUAGACCUUGGACCUCAGUUAAAACCCAGCUCUCAGUUAUGUGGCUGAAACUAUAAUAGUUGUUCUUCUUUCUGCUACAGUCUAACUGCCAUAAUUCAUUAUCUGUGUAAGAAUUUUAUGAAUGCCAAAAGAAAAGCAGCUUCAAGUUUAUUACCUGCAAUGUGAGGUAAGUGUUAUGGUUUUUACACUACACUCUGCAGAGAGAAGAUGUGGAAAAUCAAAGCUUGAUGUUAUUAGCUCUUGUUAUGGUAACAGUGACCUCAGAACUAUUUGUUAUGAACACUGGCAUUAA